GAUUGGGGGCAUCUUGCUCGGGACGCAGGGGAGAAGACCCACAGACCACGUGAAGUUUUUUCUGGACUAUCCUGGGUUACUACGAAAAGGACCUAUGGACUACUACGGGGACAACGUGAGGGGUGUUUAUCGCGAACGCGUAGAGAAUAUGAGAAGUCGUCACGGACUGCCCGGAGGGAAAGAAAAAAUCGUCAUGGACAUACAGCUCGGGCCGACACGCUCACUGCUGACGUGGGACAUGAGACCAGUGCUGGCGUAUGCUCGAGAGAUGGGGGCGUGCUCAGCUACAAGUAGAGAGUUCCCAUGUGGGGAAGCCCGGGCUUCGGCAGUCUGUUUCCUUGGACAUAUUUGAUGACAAUUGACAAUAUAGAAAUUCAAGAUCUAUUCACACGGCA